AUGCGCCUACGUAUUGGGUCAUCCUUCAAUCGAUGGCUUCUCCAGCUUCAAAUUUCUCGAAUUCUUGCACUUCAUCCAUGGGGUCUUCUUGCAUCUCUCUUGCGCAUUCCUAGUCGUCUCUUGGAUGAAGUAACAACUUGUCAUCAUCGCUAUUUAGACCGAGCAGCAGCUGCAGUAACACAGAAUCCCGUCUUGUUUCCAAAUGGUUUUUUCUCUGACGGUUGGGGAGAUUUAACUACUCCAACACGGAUACAAGAAUUAUUACAAAGUCAACGAAUGAAUCAAGUGGUACUUUUGCAACAGGAUGAAUUGAAUUGGGGAAAAGUGAAUGAAUUAACAGUGGCAAAAGUGGCAUUGAGACAAGGUACAUUUAAAAGUACAUUGCUAAAUGCAAAGCAAUUUUUGCCUGUGGAAAGUCUCGAUGGAUUUUGUGAAUUAAUUACUCCAUUGAAAUGGGAACGCAAAGAUGCUCAGAUUCCACAAGGAACAAAAGAUAGACCUCUUGUAGUACUACUACCCGGGACAGGAGAACAUGGAUUUUUGCAUCGAAGAACAUCUGUUGCUAUUCCUCUGGCAAAACAAGGCGUUGCGACGUUGAUUCUAGAAGGACCUUUUUACGGAAAACGCAAACCACCUCAUCAAAAAGGAUCCAAGCUGCAAAGGGUAAGUGACCUGCCAAUUCUUGGUCAAGCGACAAUCGAGGAAGCCAAGUCCUUGUUACAAUACUUUCAUGAUCAUUACGGGUUCUCGCAACUAGUGGUCGCAGGUAACAGCAUGGGUGGACUGCACGCUGCUAUGGUUGCGUCUGUGUUUCCUGGGGACGUGGGUGUUACAGCAUGGUUGGCCCCGCCUUCCGCUGUUCCUGUAUUUGCAGAUGGUUUGCUUUCUGGGUUCUGCAAUUGGCGCUCGCUUUACAAACAACACGAACUGCAGAUGCUAGACAAAAUGCUCGCAGGGUACGCCGUAGCUGAGUCGUACGAAAAAAAGCAGGACGACGGUGAUAUCACUCAUGCUGAGGAAUAUCGGGCUAAAGCGUCCAACGUAAAACUGGAUUCAGUUCAAGAAGCCAAGAAACGCAUGAGGCUAUUUCUAUCGAUCACAGAUAUCGACAACUUUUUACCUCCCCGACGUUCGGACGCCGUUGUCUUCGUUUACGGUACUGAAGACGAGUAUAUUGGUUUUGCUGAGCCUCAGUGGGCGCAUAUGCGUGAGCAUUGGCGACCAGCAAGCUUUAGAACGAUCAAAACAGGCCACGUCAGUGGUAUUUUGUUAGAGCAAGCAGCAUACCGUAAAACGAUUUUAGAGGUUAUCGAUUUGCUGAAGCACGGAUGCACAGUAGCAGGGUCCUCGUCGGAUGCUAAUGUUUCCGGCGUGAAAUAA